UUUAAUUUCGGACGUAGAGGCAGAGUCAUGGUGGUGAAGAAGAAGACAGCCAAGGUAGAGGCUGUGGUUCUGGAUGAGGAGAAGCUACACAAGCUGAUAGCGUCCCUCUCUGUGGAUGGAGGAGAGGAUGGAGUCAGACAGGUGGCCCAGACUCUGCAGUCCUGCUUGGAGCUGACGGAGCCGGUGCAGCAGAUCCAGCUGGUUAAAAAGGCAGGGUCCCAGCUGGAGGCUCUGAGUGAGGACCAUGAUGGAGCUCCUCUGGAGGCCUGUCUCCACACCUUGUCUCUGGUCUUCACCUCCCUGCAGGCUAAGAACCCCCUACGACGAGCAAUCGCCAGUGCCUUAGGUUCAGUACCAGCCUGGCUACAAGAACGUGCUGUCAGCACUUUGUCUGCCUGUUUGUCCGACUGUCUGUCCAACCCAACUUCAGACCAAUAUCCACACAUUGUAGACACCAUCGCUGCCUGUCUGGAUGGAUUUAAUCUGGGAGAGAGAUGCAUCAACAAAUUGUUGCCUGAAGUGUUACAGUUUCUUCACAAGGGAUUGAGUGAAUACCUUCACCAGAACAGCGGUCUAGCAGGACGUCACAUAGCUCAGGCCCAGCUGAUGCACUCCUGCCUGGCAGCAGUGAAGACCUCCAUGCUGGUGAUCCAGAGGUCCCAGGAGACGCUCAGCGCUGCCCUGCAGGCUCCACAGGACCGCUGCGAGCUGGAGGAGAUAAUGAGCAGCCUGCUGGGCUGCUACACACACAUCCUCACUGACGAGGAGUUUGUCCAGUCGGUGCAGAGCACGGCCGGCAUGGCUGUCGUGUUACUGAGCAGGUCUGUCAUGGGCUGCGGAGACGAAGUUGCAUCUGUGGUGUGCAGUUUGCUGCGUAGUUCCUCUCAGGGUUUGGACUCGGCCCCUCGGUGGCUCCAGCAGAGGUGUGAGGCUCUGUGCACCAGUGCUCGCCCGCCGGGUGUCUCUCUGUACUUGUGUCACGGCGCUCUGGCCAUGUUGAUCUGGAAGGGCGCUCUCCCAGGGCCGCAGUGGGAAGAGCUGCUGCUGCUGGUGCCAAACACGCUGCUGGACCUAGACGUCAGUAUAAAGGAGUCCAGUACAGCCAUGGUGGUGGCUCGGGUGCUGACCCUGUGGAGCAGCGCUGCUCUGGACUUCCUGCAGGGAGAGAAGGAGUCCUGCCCUCCUCGCCUCCAGAACUCCUUCAGAGGAGGCUCGGAGCUGCACCAACACCUGCUGGAGCACAUCUACUCCCACUGGGAGCACCCGCUGGACGGAGUCCGCCACCAAACCCGCUCCCUGUUCCGCAACCUCCUCCUGCUGCACCAGCACACCAACCCGUCCGUCUCCGACCCGACCGAGGACUCCUACGUCACGGAGCUCACCCGGAGCCUGCUGGGGCUGGAGUGGCACAUGAGGGGGAAGUACGGCUCCUUGGGCUGCCUGGUGGAGCUGCACGGGGCCGGGUACCUGCUCCACAUCCAACCCCAGCUGCCGUCGUGUCUCCUGGGCCUGAUGGGGGACCAGACCCUGGCUCCUUAUGCCAGCGACCUCCUGGAGAGGCUGUUUGUCAGCCACAAGGCCCAGCUGGCCGGUGAGGCCGGCGAGGAGGCCUGGAUGGAGCGUUGGCACCAGACCUGGGUGACCCCCCUGCUGCAGGUGCUGUGCCGAGCCAGACUGGACCAGACCACCUACAUCCUGGACUAUUUCCUGCCCAAGCUGCUGCGCUGCAGCCCUUCCAGCCUGGGACACAUGGUGCAGGCCCUGCAGGACACGCCGCCCUGCAGCACUGGUCCUUCAGGCAGCAGAGGAGCACUGGGAGCCCUCAUGACGUGUCUGAGGGCGGCCCGGGCCCAGGGAGUGGUUCCCUCCUCAAAGGAGGGUCUGUGGGGCGGCUUGGUGCCCCUCUCCUUACUGCAACAAGCACUAGUACACAAACAUGAUCAAGUGAGGAUGGACGCUCUGGGGUUAGUGUGUGAGAGCCACCGCAGCACUGAGACUCUGACCUCACAGGAAAUGGAGCUGAUCCGCCACUUCCUGCUGCCGAAUCUCAACAGUCAGUCACCAGGCGUCAGGCAGCAAACAGUCAGUCUGCUGAAGAAGCUGCUGUGUAGACUGAAGGACAGCACUCUGCUGCUGCAGAAGAGAAUGAUCCAGGAGAGAGAGACGGAGCAGAGAGACGGAGACCAGAACACACUACACCUGUACAAGGAGUUUCUGCGCUGGCUGUGUGCGAGGCUGCUGGAGGUUUUGCUGCCUGGAGCUUCCUUCUCUAAGUGCCUGAUGUCGCUCCACCUGCUGUGUCUGCUGGGCGAACUCUUCACCUUCAGCGCUGGGCCUGAUGUGUUUGCUCUCGCUGAAGUCGUGACCUCUGACCACGCUCAGAAUGUCCUCUACUGCAUUGCCAGCAACUUCCUGGAAGUCAAACAACUGGCCUCAACGUUGCUGCGGCAACUUCCCCCAUCAGCUGUGGGACUACAGGAUCCGGAGAGGAUGCAGGGCGUCCUGCAGGCUGCUCUGGACCUCAGCACCAGCACCAAACCCUUCGACAGCGUCACCGCCGCCCUGCUCCUCAACCUGCUGCUCCACCAGCCGGCCCUGGGCCAGGCUCUGCUGCACUCUGCCCGGCAACAGGGCCUCCACUUCCAGCCGCCCUCCUCACCGCCGCAGGCUUCUGAGACGGUCGUCUUCGAAGUCAACACACUGGCUGUGGUUCAGUUCUUGCUGCUCAGCCUUCAGUCCGAGGUGUCGAGGGCCGAGUCGUCUCUCCUGCAGGCGGCUGCUUCUUAUCCUCUCUACGGCAGAGCUCACUGCAUCACUGCUGUCCUGCAGCACCUCAACACUGAGAGUUUGAGCCAGACGGAGCAGUGGAGACGUCUGGUGUCGGAGCUGAUCGCUGUGUGCUACAGGAUGUCUGAUGUGGUCUCUCCUGUGGUCCAGAGCUCCUCCCCAGAAGGACUCAUCCCCAUGGAUACGGACUCAGAGACGUCAGCAGGGCUGCAGAGGAUCCUGCAGGAGAUUCAGCCAAGAGACACCAACGACUUCUUCACAAGUGCCAGAGAGCUGGACACACAGCGCGCAGACGAUCACACACAGACAAAGAACACGCACACACCCUCACUGAACACAGGCGGUGAAGGCUACAGGGUGACAGCCCAGAUGGUGCUGGUGUGCUGCUGGCGGAGCAUGAAGGAAGUGGCCAUGCUGCUGGGACAGCUGUGUCAGAGCCUGCCGCUGCACUACACCAACCACGCACACACACACACACACCUCGGGCUCAUCACGGAGGAACAGGUGGAGGGGGUGGGCCUGUACUUCCGCCAGCAGCUCCUGCAGUCCCGUCAUCGUGGCGCCUUUGAACUGGCUUAUGUGGGCUUUGUACGCCUCACCGACAUGCUGUGCAGGAGUGGGAGUCAGGCCCUGCAGCAGCUUCCGGCCCGCUGGCUGUCUGAAGUUCUGGAGGAGGUCAAAUCCAGCGACCCGUCGUCCAAGCUGUGUGCCACACGACGCAGCGCUGGGAUACCCUUCUACAUCCAGGCUUUGCUCUCCUCUGAGCCCAAGUCGUCCAGUUGCAGUCUGUUGAAGAUGACCAUGAGAGAACUGAUCUCCUUGGCCCUGCCCUCUGCUGACAGGAACACCGACAGCUCCACCGUGCCUCAGGUCCAUGCCCUGAACAUCCUCCGGGCUCUGUACAGGGACACUCGUCUGGGGGAAAACAUCAUUCCCUUCGUUUCAGAUGGGAUGCAGGCGGCUGUUCUGGGCUUCACCUCUCCUGUUUGGGCUGUGAGGAACUCCUCCACUCUUCUCUUCAGCACUCUGAUCACAAGGAUCUUUGGAGUGAAGAAGGGGAAGGACGAGCACUCCAAGAAGAACAGGAUGACGGGCCGAGAGUUUUUCACUCGUUUUCCAGCUCUUUAUCCGUUUCUUCUGAACCAGCUGGAGGAGGCUGCAGCUACGGUGGAAAGUGACAGCGGUCAGGUGAAGCUUCACCCCAGCUUGUUCCUGCUGCUGCUGGUGCUGAGUCGGCUCUACCCGUCUCCCAUGGACGGAUCUUCUUCUCCUCUGGGACUCGCUCCGUUCCUGCCCUUCAUCAUGAGAUGUGGCCACUCAGCAGUGUACCGGACCAGAGAGAUGGCGGCUCGGGCCCUGGUCCCCUUCGUGCUGCUCACCCAGGUCCCAUCCACCGUCCACAUGUUGCUGCAGGAGCUUCCUGCAGAGCCCGGACCCACAAUGCAACACAACCACAUCCACGGGACUCUGCUGCAGGUGCUUUUUCUGCUGCGCUGCUACCAGACUGACUCACACAGACCCCUGCCAGCAGGAAAUGGCAUCACUGAAGGCCUCCGUCAGCGCAUGUGGCUCGCCUCUGGGCAGAACCGCUGCGUGGUGACCAGAGGAGCCUUCCUGGAUGUGUUGGUGUGUCUGUGUGGACCCAAGAUCAGUCUCCUGCAUGAUUCUGAGGUCAGUGAUCUCCGUCAGGAAGCUCUGUCCGUCCUGAUGUCCUCCGACCUCGUCACCUCCUCCACCUCCUCCACCGCUCUGGGGCCCGGCAGCACCCAGUACCUGCUCAGCCUGGCCCGCGUGGCCCUCAGCGCCAGCGUGGAGCUCCCUGAGCUCUGGGGGGGGGCCCGGCUCACCAGCCAGCUGCUGCAGUGUCUGCUGCAGAGCCCCCAGUACGAGGUGAGGGAGCUGGCUCUGGAGGGGGUCCUGAGGAGGCUGCAGGAGGAGGAGGAGGAGGAGGAGGAGAAGAAGAGGAGGCCCCAGUGGGUGGAGGAGACCACCCUGUCUAACCUGACCAGCCUGGCUCUUCACGAGACACACCCCCAGUGUCUGGCCAAGGUCCUCAGCGUGCUGUGUGUGUUGAGCUCCAGCGGGGAGCUCGGGUGGAGGGACGGGGUGAAGGUUUUGUCCCAGGAGGAGGUCCUGCUGCACCUCCUCGCUCUGGCUCAGGAUUCUGCUCACAGUGUGGAGCUCCACUGUGCUGCCCUGACCCUGGUCUCCCAACUGGUGGUCCAACUGGUGAACUCUGACCCUCAGGGUGUGAGUGCAGUGGCGUGUUUGGCUCAGUGGGGGGCGCUGGUGUGCUCGUGCUGCAGCGAGGAGCAGCCGGUGGAGGUGAAGCUAAUGGCCGCCAGGGUGUUGGUCAACUGUACAGCCAGCGUGAUGAGCAGCCGACACCUGCCGCUGGGUCUAUCCACGACAGUGUCUCUGUGGAGGAGUCUGGUUACGUUGCUGCAGGAUGAAGACCAGGAUGUCCGAGAUUCAGCCUCUGAUUUUAUCUCUAAUGUACCAGCACCGCUGCUCAGUACAGAUGUGACAGGUGUGUCCGUGUGUCCUCCGGUAGCCCUGGACUCAGGCGUGGGGCUCCUGUGUCGGCUGUUUGAGGUGUGGGACCAGGUCCCGGCGGGGGUCCUCGCUCUGACAGAGUGGCUGCUGGGAGACGAAGAAGGCCGGGAGGAGGCGGCUGCAGACGAAGCUUCCAGUCUGGAUGAGGAGGACUUCCUGUUCGAGAAAGGGGAUCUGAACCUGUGGGCGGAGCCGGUCCAGUGGGUGAAGCUGCUCCACGGCCACAUUAGCUCCCUCAUCCCGACCUUUAAGAAGUCUGCAGGAGUCUCAGUCCCAGACCAGAUCCACCAGAUCCACACGCUGUCCACCCAGGCCCAGGCCAAGGCCCUGAGCUCCCAGCAGGCCCUGGGCUCCCUGCCCCCCAUGCCCCAGUUCUCCUUCACCAUGGAGCACGCCCGGCUGCUGCUGCGGCUCCAGAGAGCCACUCUGGCUCUGGACGUGCUGCAGAGGCUGAGCUAGAAGAGCUUCAGGUGACUGCAUGACAUCACAGACUGGCCUUUAGUCAAGUCUUUUUAUCAUCACAUCAAGGGAAUGAAGGAAACAAUAGAUUGUUGUCGUUUUUUUUACUCUGUAAUUGUUUCUAACUGUCUUACAAUUGUUGUCCUGAUUGAUUACCAGAUGUGUUUUAAUUUUUAUUACCGAUUACUGUUUCUUGAUGUCUUUUUCAUUAAAUGUUGUGUCUGAAUUU